AUGUUCAAGCGUUUCUCCCUUCUCCGGCAAUGGCGACUAGCCAGAAGCAUGGGGGCGACUUCUCGGCACAAUCCAGGUGCUGCGUUCAUCAUUUCCGUCGACAGUUACGAUGAGUUUGUAGUCAAGCAUUCGGUGCGGGGUCAAUCCGAUCUGGAUUCAUCCAACACUGUCGAGAAAUCUUAUGCACUGUCUUUCACGAUCGAUUUCACCAAGGAUUUUUGUUGUAAUGGUGAGAUCUCUCGAGGUCCAAUUAUGGAAAGGACAUUUCCCUGUCCAAGAAGAAAUCACAGGAAGAUGAGAUCCAAUUUAAUUGAUGCCUAUCUCGGAUCAGUUAGUGGCCUAAUUAGGGGAAUCAAUCGGAUAUUUGGAUUUAAUCGAUCCCCAAUCAUGUUGAUGAGCGGAUUCGGAGGGAUGUUGUGGUUGCAAUCUGUGUUAUUUAACCAGAUCCAAAGCAUUGGUUUGGUUAUUCUACAACUCGUGUUUCUGCUCCCCUGCAAAGACGCACAAAGGUUUUUGUUCAAUCCGGUGCAAACAAACAUGGCGUUUUUUGGGAAACUCGUUGUUCCCAAUCAAGAGAAGAAGCGAUCAAAGCCAUUGCAGCUCCUUCCGGUCAACAAUACACAGAUUUUACAGCGAUUUGAGAACACCCUGGUGGGAAGAGUCCUGAAUCUCGAGGUACAAGAGAACAGGGUCAAAGCAUUGAUCGGAUUCUUACCAACGAUCUGGAAAUGCGAGGGCCGGGUUCAGGGAGUUGAAAUGGGGAGAGGAAGAUUUCACUUUUUCAAGGAGGAAGCAGAUCUCCAAGCAGUACUGGAUAAUCGCCCUUAUCACUUCGAUGGGUGGAUGAAUGCUAUCGAAAAAUGGGUGCCAACAAUGCGAAUGGAUUUCCCAUCCUCCAUCCUGUUCUGGAUCCGAAUCCUGGAUCUGCCAGAGAUUUACAAUGAAGAGAAGCAAUUGGUGAGGAUGGGAGAAUAUCUAGGGGAGCUUCUCAAUUGGAAGGUGAUGGAGCCGUAUCCAAUGAUCCAAGUGAUGGUGGAAUGCGAUGCACCGCUAAUCCUGUUUCGGGAGAUAGUAUCGGAGAUCGGAGAGAUUUUUCGAAUUCGCUUCGACUAUGUCAAGCUGCAGAACCAUUGUAAGGUAGUCACCGAGACAACCAACGUGAACCUAUCCGGCAAUGAGAGAGGAAGGAAAGCUCCACAGAGGGAAAUUGCACAACCUCUGCGAAAUCGGGAGCAUACUACGGCUCCAUUGGAGACAGUCAGGAAUCAAGCGUCGUCGUCAAAGAGGAAACCAGUACGUCGGGAUCUGACGGAGGAUCGACGGAUAGCGAAAUUGGCUACAAAAGAAUGGGUGCGCAAAUCCUUCACUAAGGAGUCUACCGGAAGUAUAAUCGAUCAGAAGGAGCAGGCCGGUGGUUCUGGCAUCCGCAGUACCACUUGGUAUCGCAGCACGGAGGAGGAAGCGGCGGUGGCAAAGUUGGUCUAUGAUCAAACGAGACUUGGGAGAGAGCAGAGGGCACAAUCCGACCAUCCGAAAAGGUGGAAAAAUAAGCCGAGCUCGGCCACGAGAGGUUGCCGAAAAAUUAGGCUAUCGGUUCGGGUGGAGGCCAAGGGUUAG